AUGUCGAAUGGUUCUGUAGGGAACGGCAUCAUGGACCUCCCGGGCACCAUUGACCCGUCCGCCCUCAACUCCGCAGCCCUCGCCGGCCCGCACCCCGUCGCACCGCCGUCGCGCGGCCUGAAGCGCAGCCGCUCGCCCGACACCAGCUACGUCGACGCGCCGCACCCCGACGCGCCCGACGCCGACGACACGGGCAAGCCGCGGAAGCGCGGCCGCCCGCCCAAGGCCGCAAAGGUCGCCUUCGCCGGCAGCCCGACGCGCGCCAUGCCGCCCGCCCACGCCGGCAUCGCCCCGCCCGUGCAGACGCCGCAGCUGCAGACGUCGCCGCUGCCCCACACGUCGCCGUCGCACGCCUCGCCCUCGGCCAAGUCGACGCCCACCAAGCCCGCCGUCGUCAAGGCCCUGCCCACCGUGCGCGACCACACCACCGACCAGCUCAACCCCGAGGGCGACGAGUACAUCCCGCGCGAGAUUGACGACGCCGGCGAACGCAAGGUCACCCUGACCGGCCACCCGCUCGAGAACCGCGAGUACCGCUGCCGCACCUUCUUCGUCCCCAACCGCGGCGACAAGCUGUUCAUGCUGGCCACCGAGUGCGCCCGCGUCCUCGGCUACCGCGACUCGUACCUGCUCUUCAACAAGAACCGCUCGCUGUACAAGAUCAUUGCCACCCAGGCCGAGAAGGACGACCUGAUCCAUCAGGAGAUCCUGCCUUACUCGUACCGCUCGCGCCAGAUCGCCAUUGUGACGGCGCGCUCCAUGUUCCGCCAGUUUGGAAGCCGGCUGGUCAUGAACGGACGACGCGUGCGCGACGACUACUGGGAGAGCAAAGCCCGCAAACAGGGCUUCACCGAAGAGGACGCCGCCGGCGAGAAGCGUCCCGGCGCCGCAAAGGCGCGAGAGGCCGCGGCCGCCGAAGCUAAUCACGCCAGCGCCAUGGCCUUUGCCCACCCCGGCGCCUUUGCUGGUGCGAACGCCGACUAUCUGGGCGCUGCUUCAAACCCUCUGCAGCCCUUUGGCGGCUUGACGCCCGCGCCUCACAGCAUGCCCAUUGGCAGCCUAGAGCCGUACAAUCAGCGCACGACGACCGACCUGCAGCCUCGAGACUACAGCGGCGUGCAGCGACCACGACACGAACUCACCGGCGCGCCGUACCAGGAUACGACCCGACCAUCUCCCUCGGGCGAGAUCCUGAACCAAGCUGCCCAGACAGUCGAGAUCAACAAGCAGUUUGAGCAGCAGCGGAAGAACCGCAAGCAGUACUUGGACGACCUGUGGAACCGACCACACGAGCCGCCGGCGCAGCCAGAACGUCCACUUACUGCAGACGGCAACCAGAUCCCGCAGGUCUCGCAGGCCAUACAGUCUCCACGCAUGCCUUCUACCAGCGUGAGCAUGCCUGGUAACCAGUACGGCAUGCCGGCUCAGACGCCACAAAGGCCAAACCAAGGCAUGGGCGUACAGUCCUACCGUCCCCAGUCUCUGCCGCAGAACAACAUGGUCCCCUCUCCCAUGGCGCAGCAGCACACGCCGCUGCCAAACCAGAUGCACCGUCGCCCUCCAAGCCUAGGUAUGCCGCAGGGCAUGUCCCCCGGCAUGGGCCAAGGUGGCAUGCUUCCUGGUGUUCAGAACCCAGGCCAGGGCUACGCCCCUACUCACAUGUGGCAAGGCGGCCCACCGCAGCCAUCUCCGCUGUCUCAGCAGCACAACAUGCAGCAGUACGCGCAAAGGCCGCCGCAGCAGUCGCCGCACCCGCAACAGUCUCCCAUGCACGCGUCGCCGCAGAUGCAUCACGCGCAGAGCAGUGGGUCGAUGCAUGGCACCCAGAUGCCACAGUACCAGACGAUGAACGCUAUGGGAAGCACAGGAUUUCCAAACAUGGAUCAAAACCCCUACCAGCCUAGCCCAAGCCCCCACCAGUUCAUGCAGCAUCAGAGCGGUGCGGGUCAGCAGCCUGGCAUGUACGGCAUGAGCCAACCACAGUCCCAGCAAGGAUGGCAAUCUUACUAGGGUCGCCAACUUGCAUGACGAUCGGGACCAGUCUCCGCGGCAUCCCGAAAGAAGCUGUUUAGGACUUGAGCCUAGCAGCAACAGCGAUAUAAACCAGAACUGCCUGUGAAAGUUGAGAGCAGGACCUAUUCAGACUCCAGGCAUAUCAUCUAAACAACAUGGGCAACGCCAUGCGCACGCAUCAACCUCAUGCUGAUGCUCACCACCAUUUCACAUUACUAUCUAUACCACGAUCU